GGUGGCGGCCGUGCUGUGUCAGGCGGGCGCUGCCGCCAUGGCGGGUGAGGGUGGUGCGUUCCGGCUGCGCUGCUCCCUGCUGGGGCACGGCCAGGACGUGCGGGGUCUCGCCCGCGGCCUCUUCCCGGAGGGCAGCUUCGUGUCCGUGUCGCGGGACCGGACGGCGCGGCUCUGGGCUCCGGACGGUCUUAACAGGGGUUUUACUGAAAUGCACUGUAUGAGUGGCCACUCAAAUUUUGUAUCUUGCGUGUGCAUCAUACCUCCAAGUGACCUCUAUCCUCGUGGACUGAUUGCAACUGGUGGCAAUGAUCAUAAUAUUUGCAUUUUUACAGUUGAUAGCACAACUCCUCUUUACAUCCUUAAGGGUCAUAAAAACACAGUUUGCAGCCUUUCAUCGGGGAAAUUUGGCACAUUAUUAAGUGGAUCAUGGGAUACAACAGCCAAGGUGUGGUUGAAUGACAGAUGUAUGAUGACACUACAGGGUCACACAGCUGCAAUAUGGGCAGUGAAAAUACUUCCUGAACAGGGAUUAAUGUUGACUGGUUCAGCUGACAAAACUAUAAAACUGUGGAAAGCAGGCAGAUGUGAAAGAACAUUCACUGGACAUGAAGAUUGUGUGAGAGGUUUAGCUAUCCUCAGUGAGACAGAAUUCCUUUCCUGUGCUAAUGAUGCUAGUGUUCGAAGAUGGCUGAUCUCUGGAGAGUGUCUGCAGGUGUACUAUGGACAUACAAAUUACAUAUACAGCAUCUCUGUAUUUCCUCAGUGUAAAGAUUUUGUGACUACUGGAGAGGAUAGAUCUCUUAGAAUCUGGAAACAAGGGGAAUGUGCUCAAACAAUCAGACUCCCAGCUCAGUCUGUAUGGUGCUGCUGUGUGUUAGACAAUGGUGACAUCGUGGUUGGUGCAAGUGAUGGAAUUAUAAGAGUGUUUACAGAGUCUUUGGAACGUACAGCAAGUGCUGAGGAGAUUCAAGCUUUUGAAAAUGAGCUUUCCCAAGCAUCCAUUGAUCCUAAAACUGGUGAUUUAGGAGAUAUUAAUGCUGAUGACCUUCCUGGAAGGGAACAUCUUAAGGAUCCCGGAACAAGAGAUGGACAGACACGGCUUAUUAGAGAUAAUGGUAAAGUGGAAGCGUAUCAAUGGAGCGUUAGUGAAGGAAGAUGGAUAAAAAUUGGCGAUGUUGUUGGUUCUUCCGGAGCCACACAACAGACGUCUGGAAAAGUUUUAUUUGAAGGAAAGGAGUAUGACUAUGUUUUCACUAUUGAUGUAAAUGAAAGUGGGCCUUCCUACAAACUGCCAUAUAACAUCACUGAUGAUCCUUGGCUGAGUGCAUACAACUUCCUGCAAAAGAACGAUCUAAAUCCUAUGUUUCUGGAUCAGGUGGCGAAGUUUAUUAUGGACAACACUAAAGGGCAAACACUGUUAAGUUCAAGUGCUCAAUUUUCAGAUCCGUUUACAGGUGCUGGGCGUUAUGUUCCAGGCUCUUCAUCUGGAUCAAAUACAAUACCUGGGGCGGAUCCAUUUACAGGUGCUGGUCGCUACGUUCCUGGUUCAGCAUCAAAUGCAGGACCUCCAGUGGGUGGAGUUGAUCCAUUUACAGGAAUGGGUGCGUACCAGUCAGCUGCUGCUAAGGCUGAAAAUAUUUAUUUUCCGAAGAAGGAUGCUGUCACCUUUGACCAGGCCAAUCCUACGCAGAUACUGGGCAAAUUAAAGGAACUUAAUGGCACGGCAGCUGAAGAACAUAAGCUUACAGAAGAUGACUUGAUAGUUCUAGAAAAGUUACUGUCUGCAACAUGCAACACCUCUGCAGAAACACCUACAGCACAGCAACUUCAGACGUUAUGGAGAGCAGUUAACUGGCCAGAAGAUAUUGUCUUUCCAGCCCUAGACAUUCUUAGAUUGUCUGUCAGGCAUCCCACUGUGAAUGAGAACUUCUGCAGUGAAAAGGAGCAUGUACAAUUUAUCGUCCUUCUCCUUAAAUUUCUGAACCCUAAAGGAAAGCAAGCAAACCAGCUGUUGGCACUUAGAGCUCUUUGCAAUUGUUUUGUCAGCCAUGCAGGCGAGAAGCUCAUGAUGGAACAGAGGGAUGAAAUAAUGACACAAGCAAUAGAAACUAAAUCAGGCAAUAAUAAGAACAUCCACAUUGCGCUGGCCACGCUGACGUUGAACUAUGCUGUAUGUUUACAUAAAGUCAACAAUGUUGAGGGCAAAGCUCAAUGUUUAUCAGUCAUCAGCACAGUUAUGGAAGUUGUUCAAGAUCUUGAAGCCAUUUUUAGACUGCUUGUGGCUCUUGGGACGCUUAUCAGUGAUGAUACAAAUGCUGUGCAAUUAGCUAAGUCUCUUGGAGUUGACUCUCAAAUAAAGAAGUAUGCCUCUGUAUCAGAACCAGCUAAAGUAAAAGAAUGCUGUAGGUUUGUUCUUAAUCUGCUAUAAUAAUGUUUAGCACAGUGUAUGCAGAAAAAAAGUGCUUUUCAUAUUUUAUGACAGAUUAUACUUGAGAAAAUACUGGGGAUUAAUUACACUUGAUUUGUUGCAAGAUACAGAGCAAAUAAAAAUUUUUGCACUGUU